CUGCUUGGAACAUCGUUCGGGCAUCUGAGCAUCCAGGAGGGAAGAAUGCAGCUCUUCGUGGAGACCCUGUCGGGCUCCCCGCUCACGCUUAGCGUGGCGGCGGACGCCUCGGUGGCGUCGGUCAAGCAGGCCGUGGAGGACGUGGAGUACAUCCAGAACUUCCGUCUGGUCUGCGCCGGCAAGCAGCUGACGAGCGGCUCGCUCGCUGACUACGCCGUCGGCGAGUGCGACACGCUCAAGAUGCUGCUGGACGUGAACGGUGGCAUGCGUGCCAAGUGGCGCAAGAAACGUAUGCGCCGCCUUCGCCGCAAGCGCCGAAAAAUGCGCCAGCGCGCCAGAUAAGCGUCGUGCCACAGACUGUCGGUGACAGCUAGUGUGCCAUCAGCACUCGAGGUGCCAUCAUUCCAAGACAGACUGUAAGCAACGUGCUUUGACGGGUGGCCCGUGCCCCAAGAUCAACCGCAGCAACCAGCAGUUUUCUCUUCGUCUCCGCUGUAAGCAGGACGACCAUCAUCAGCUUCAAGCGUUGGCUUCGGUUCUCGUAGCAGGGUUAACGAUUGUGGAUAAUGGAAGAAGAGCGCAUCCGUGGAUUUCGGAUGAAGAGGAAAACA